AUGUACAUUGUCCAGAGCGAUGGGUAUGCGCAUUUACCUGAGGAACAACAGAAUCAGGGUGGUGUUGUCGGGGUGAUUUAUAUGCCGGCCAAGGAGGAGAAUAGGAAGAUGGCGUUUCCCGGGGGUGGGGUGUGGUUUCCGGUUGGGGAGGGGUGGGAGGUUAGUGUUACUGUGAGGGGAGGGUAUCGGUUUAUGUUUAAGGGGAGGGCGGAUGGAGUGAGUCGCGUUGUGGAAUGGGAGAAGAGGGUGGCUAAGGGGAGGUCGUCGUCGGCGUCGGAGGGGAGUGAGACGAAUGCGGAUUGGAGGUUUACGUUGAAUAUUGCUGAGCUGGGGCUGAGGAGGCCGUGCUUGGCGACGUUGACGAAGCAGGGUCUGAAGGUUGGGGGGUGGGAUCGCGCACAGAGGGAGUAUCUGGCGUCGUCAUUACGAAGUGGGAAUGAGGUGGAGGAAGAUGCAGCGCUGUAUACGUCUGUCUUGACGAUGGGGGUCUAUGUGGCAGCGCAAGAGGGUUGGUUGAAUCAAUAUCUUUAA